UUUUCUUGUUUUUCCGUAUUUUCGGACUGCAAUUAUCAGCUCACUUGGCAAACGAAACAAAAAAAAGGAAGCUCCCAAACAUAGAAGAAAACCUCGUAUCGCAAAUAGUCAAACAUGCGCCCAUUUUUCCAAACCCCCCCUGUAUAUGCUGGAUAUGGAUAACUAUUAUUCCCAUGCUGAGACCUGUCGCAAAUGGUCUGUCUGGGGCUGGGCUAUAUACCCUGGCAAAUACCGAUGAAUCCUACCAUGUACCGAGGUCGGCCAAGGUCUAGACCUUAUACCAUGGAACCAUGGCCUCUUUUCUCUAUUGUUGUCUUGUUACGUCCUUUGGAAGACGCAUCGUGGGGCUCUCUUGGCGUUCCUGGAGAAAGUAGAUUCAACUUUUCAACCUGGGUAUAUAUAAACAACGGGUUGGGCACAUCAAGUCUCGAUGAUGUUUAUUCCUCUCUUCUUGCCUCCACCCCAUCCCUUACAAGGCUGCGGGCAUCACCUGAUACCGGCCAACUUGAGCCCCGUCACUCGUUUGGGUCAUUCUUAGUCCUGAGGCAAAGCUUUGUUAUCAAAGGCAAAAGAAGUGGAUAAAACAUGGUUUCUCUGUAUACCCUCAUGGCCGUUGGGGCUCUGUCCCUGAUUGGUCCUGUUCGUGCCACGACCGUGUCGCUCCCCUCUUGCCCAUCGCCCUUCACUCCCUAUGUUUACUCGGGCUGCUAUACGAGCGUGAGCAACCCGGACACGCUUCCUUUCCGCGCCGAGGUCCCCCGCGCCAACAUGACAGUCGAGAAGUGCCAGGCCGCGUGCAAGGGUAACGGGUACAGGUUUGCGGGACUCGAGUAUUACGGCGAGUGCAGAUGCGGUUCAUUCAUAGGGGGAUCCAAGGUUGACGAGUCCGACUGCAAGCUUGCAUGCACCGGUGACAAAUCUCAGGUUUGCGGUGGGAAUAGCCGAAUCUCCAUAUACGAGGAUCCGACUUUCCCGGUCGCUGCUUCGGUCACGACCGAUGAUUACAAGAAUAUCGGCUGCCAUGUUGCCAGUCUCAACCCGGGUAAAGCUCUAGUGUACCGAGUGGAGGAUGUCACCGGCCAACCCUGGAGCAGGGACACUGGUUCGAACCCCAAGUGCAUUGCGGGAUGCAUGUCAAGGGGGUUUCCUUAUGCUGGAACUGAAUAUGGAGGCGAAUGCUGGUGUGGCGUUGUCAUGGGCAGCGGCGCCGUUGCUGCUCCCCCUUCCGAAUGUGACAUGAAGUGUCGUGGUGCCCCAGACCAAAACUGCGGAGGUCCAUCUCGCAUCAACAUAUUCGUCGCCAAAGGCCUUGAGUCGACCGAGCCUUGUGAGCAACAGCCCCCAACGUUGCCAGAGACAUCCAUGACCCUCUCCUCCACGACCCUCUCCUCCACGACCCUCUCCUCCACAACAGAAUCAACUACAGUACCUACGGAGACAAGCACCAGAGUUGUGCCAACUACAGACCCUGCAACCUCCCCGACGCAGCCAUCCACCACCCAGCCACCCACGACUCUACCGCCCCAGACUACUACGUCAACUACUUCGAGCGCAGUUUGUGUGAGCACUAUUGUCACUCCUCCCAAGUGCGAGUACAAGUGUGGAAACUGGUGCUCCGGCGAGCUUCCUGACUGGGACGACCAGGAAGGAUGUAAGCAUGGAUACUCGUACUGCAAGCUUCAAAUCGCUGCCUGCUUCAAGAAUGCCGGGUUCCCAGGGGCUCUCAAGUGUUUCGAGUUCGCCCUCUGGUGUGGCGCCUGCGGUGACUACUGCAACAAGGCGCCCAAGAACAAGUGCUCCAAGCAGGACUGGUUCAAGCAGAAGCCGCCAGCUUGGGGUCCUGGAAAGCCAUCGACCACGACCAUCACCGCCCCCUGCGAGCCCACAGCCACCACGCCGACCAAGACGCAGACCACGCCGGCCACCACUUCAACCAAGUGCCCCGUGCCUCCGACGGCGACCAACAUCUGCAAGCAGCCGACCAACAUAUGGCACGGUUACAAGCCGGGCAAGCCGGUCGGCGGCAUCGAGCUGCCCAUGGUGACGUGCAACGACCUCAAGGACGACUGGCACGCGGGCAGGCCGUGGAAGAUGUACACCGACGCCGACAGCCGCAAGUGCAUGUCAUACCCUCACCUGGCCGUGCCGAACGCUUGCAGGGACGCCUGCAAGGAGCAGUACGACGAUUGCAAGGAGACUUAUGCCGAGGGCUGUAGGCAGCAGAGCGAGAAUCCCGGCUUCGGCCUCGGUCUUAGUUGGCCGUUCAAGAGGAGCUUGGCUGGCAGGACUUGGGGCUGGAUCGAUACCUGGAAGUCGGCCAUGGACAAAUGUCACGCUCAGUACUCCGACUGUCUGAUUGUGAACAAGAAUGCUGCCGCCAAGGGUAAGUGUCACGCCUGGGGAUCUGGUUGGUGAGAAGCUUUGGGGGUGUAAGUGGUGUUUUAGAUGCGUUGCGUAUGGGGGGGGGGGGGGGGGGGGAUGAGGAUAUCUUGCAAUUAUUCUUUGUAU